AUGAAGUUAUUUCGAUUCUCGUGGAAGCCAGAAAAUACCGUUCGUCAAUUAGAAAAAUGCACCUGGCAGACUGAAGGAUCAGUAGCACAACAAUUAUUUAAUGCUAGUGAAUUGGAACGUCAAGAAAAUCGUCAAAGAUUUAGUGAUUUAUUAGAUGGAGCAUAUUUUUUAUUUAAGCAUGAACUUCCACAUACAACAUUAUAUGAACCAUUACUGGAAGUAUUAACCAAAAUUGAUCAUAGUAAAAAAGUAUCAACAUUUUUCGAUAAAUGUAAAAAGAAUGGUUCUUAUGAUAGUACAGCAACAGUAACAGAAUUAUUAGAAGCAACAAGUGAAGUAAUCGAUAAGCAAAUCUUAACGAAAAUUCGUGAAUCAAGAAUUAUAUCAAUUAUGGCUGAUGAAGGCACAGAUAUAAACCAUCAUCAAAACUUAUCAAUUUGUAUACGUUAUUGUAAUCAAGAUACAGGUGAGCCAACAGAAUCAUUUAUUAGUUUAUUAAAAAUAAAAAAUAAAGAUGCACAAACAAUAUUUGAUACAAUUGUUAAAGAAUUAAAAUCUAAAAAUAUUGAUAUGACAAAAGUUCGAUUUACUGGUUUUGAUGGUGCGUCAGUCUUUAGUGGACAAUUUAAUGGUGUAUCAGCAAAAUUUCCAUGUGAAGAUAUAAUUGAAGUACAAGAAAGUUUAUUAACAUUGAAAUCAUUAUUUUAUUUUAUCAAUCGAUCGUCCAUUAGAUUAGCACGUUUUAAUGAUAUUCAAAUGUUAUUAAAACAUCCACAGUUAAAAUUAAUUCAACCUGGUGAUACACGAUGGUCAUCAUAUUUUCGUUCUGUUAAUGCUGUAAUCCGUUGUUAUGAACCGUUAAUGAUUACACUGGAGCAUAUAGUUCAUGAAAGAGGUGAAGAAAGUCCAUCUGCAUCGGGUCUACUUUCAAUUUUAAAAGAUCAAUCAACAACAUUCAUAUUGCAUAGUUUAGAACCAAUCCUUGAAGCACUUUCAAUAUUAUCGAAAUCCAUCCAAACAAAGAAUGGUGAUUUUAAUCAGCUUGAAAAAUCAAUGCUUGGGACAUUGUUACGAUUAGAAGAAUUGAAAGAGACGUUAACAUUAUCAUCAACUAAUCUUAAUCGUGAUCGUAUAACACGUGCAACAUCAAGAACAAAUGAGAUUAGUUUAGAGGAAAUAUUCAAUGAUAAAAUAGUCAAAUUUAUUGAUGAAGUUAUAUCAAAUAUAAAAGCUCGUUUUGAAUCAAAUGCAUUAAAAUUCCUCAACUGUUUUCGUAUAUUUGAUGUAUAUGAAGCAACUAAUGAACAAGAAUAUGGUAUACAAGAGAUUAAUACCAUCAGACAACAGUAUCCUGAUGAUUUUAAUGAUGACUUAGUCGCUGAAUGGAAAGUAUUUCGGAAGUAUUUAUUUUGUACAAAAACAACAGCAAAAAUCUGCAAUUUUAACACAACGGCAGCAAUGUAUUAAUUUAGUUGUCUUCUUCACAUGUCCGUCAUCCGGUGAAACGCACCUAUUGGUCGCUUUUAAAUCGUUUCCUUACGUUUACUACAUCGUAUUGGAUCACACUAGGAACUUCUAUGACGAACUCGAUCGA